AUGGCCACCUAUCCAUAUAGCAUCGGUUCUACAUAUGCGAAGAACCCUGGCCUCCCUGAAAUACUUGGUGACAUCAAUCUCAAGCAAGCAGUUGUAGAAGGGCAAGCACUCAACCAGCAACAUCUACGACAAGCCCAAUCUCCGAGUCAAUACAUGCCAGCAAAUUUGGCAGAUACCCUACAAGAAAUCCGUGAAGAACUCCGUGACCUUAACAAUAACGUGAAAACUGGACGAGCAGAGACCGCGAAUGCCUUGAUUCGUUUACAAAACCGAUUCGUCGAUCCGAUGGGUCUCCAUCCUGUUCAAAAGACUGUAGCAGGGUCUGGUAUCCAACUAGCAAGGGCCCUCGCCCCCGAUCAUGCUUCCCGCAACGCCAUCGAUUGA